GAUGUCCUAGUCCCGGACAGGCGGACUGGGUGUGUGCUAGGGGAUCCUUAGAACUAGCGGCUGGACAGAGACUCCGAAGUCACCAAAUAUGAGCCAGGAGCCAAGGCGAGGGGAGAAAUGCCACAACUUCACCCUACAUGCCUCGGAUCCCGGGAAUCCCAAUCGGUGGGAAGGCGCCAGGCAGGUUUGACCGAGCAGCCUCUGAGAAGUCUCAUAAUCCAUUGCUGCUUCCUCUACCUGCUCUCAACCAUGGCCAGUGAAAACUCUCCUUUGCUGGCCUACCGGCUCUUGGGGGAAGAGGGGGUUGCCUUCCCUGCCAAUGGGGCCGGAGGACCUGGAGGCGAAUCUGCCCGGAAGCUUUCCACCUUCCUGGGUGUGGUGGUGCCCACGGUCCUGUCCAUGUUCAGUAUAGUUGUCUUCCUGAGGAUUGGGUUCGUGGUGGGCCAUGCUGGGCUGCUGCAGGCUUUGGCCAUGCUCCUGGUUGCCUACUUCAUCCUGGCACUCACCGUGCUCUCUGUCUGUGCCAUUGCCACCAAUGGAGCUGUUCGGGGCGGUGGAGCCUACUUCAUGAUCAGCCGCACCCUGGGGCCUGAGGUUGGAGGCAGCAUUGGCCUCAUGUUCUACCUGGCUAAUGUCUGUGGCUGUGCUGUCUCCCUGUUGGGGCUGGUGGAGGCCGUCCUUGAUGUCUUCGGGGCUGAUGCCACAGGGUCCAGUGGGCUCCGAGUCCUGCCCCAGGGCUAUGGCUGGAGUUUGCUUUAUGGUUCCCUGCUGCUGGGCCUGGUGGGCGGAGUCUGCACCCUGGGGGCUGGCCUCUAUGCCCGUGCCUCCUUCCUCACAUUCCUGCUGGUCUCUGGUUCCCUGGCCUCAGUGCUGGUCAGCUUUGUGGCUGUGGGGCCCAGGGUCAUCCAAUUAACCCCUCGGCCUGGCCCCAAUGGCUCCUCCCUGCCACCCCAGGUUGGCCACUUCACCGGCUUCAAUAGCAGCACCCUGAAGGCCAACUUGGGCGCUGGCUACGCAAAGGACUACACCACGGGGGCCAUGAUGACCUUCGCCAGCGUCUUUGCUGUCCUUUUUAAUGGCUGCACGGGCAUCAUGGCUGGGGCCAACAUGUCUGGGGAGCUGAAGGACCCCAGCCGGGCGAUUCCUCUGGGCACCAUUGUGGCUGUUGCCUACACUUUUUUCAUCUAUAUCCUGCUUUUCUUCCUCUCCAGCUUUACCUGUGACAGGAUCCUGCUACAGGAGGAUUAUGGGUUCUUUCGUGCCAUUAGCCUAUGGCCCCCACUGGUGUUGAUUGGUAUCUAUGCCACAUCUCUCUCGGCCUCCAUGAGCUGCCUUAUUGGUGCCUCCCGCAUCCUCCACGCCUUGGCCCAGGAUGACCUCUUUGGAGUGAUCUUGGCACCAGCCAAGGUGGUAUCCAGAGGGGGAAAUCCCUGGGGGGCCGUGCUCUAUUCAUGGGGCCUAGUACAGUUGGUGCUCCUAGUCGGGAAGCUAAACACACUGGCUGCUGUGGUUACUGUCUUCUACUUGGUGGCCUAUGCUGCAGUGGAUCUGUCCUGCCUGAGCCUGGAGUGGGCUUCGGCCCCCAACUUCCGCCCUACCUUCAGCCUGUUCUCCUGGCACACCUGCUUGCUGGGGGUAGCCUCCUGCCUGCUCAUGAUGUUUCUCAUCAGCCCUGGGGCUGCUGGCGGCUCCCUGCUGCUCAUGGGCCUGCUUUCUGCCCUGCUCACAGCUCGAGGCGGCCCCAGCAGCUGGGGCUAUGUCAGCCAGGCCUUGCUUUUCCACCAGGUGCGUAAAUACCUGCUCCGACUGGACGUGCGGAAGGAUCAUGUGAAGUUCUGGCGACCCCAGCUGCUGCUCCUGGUGGGGAACCCUCGGGGCGCCCUGCCUCUGCUGCGAUUGGCCAACCAGCUCAAGAAGGGAGGCCUCUAUGUGCUGGGCCAUGUCACUCUGGGAGACCUUGACUGCCUGCCCUCGGACCCUGUGCAGCCACAGUAUGGAGCAUGGCUGAGCCUUGUGGACCGGGCCCAGGUGAAGGCCUUUGUGGACCUCACCCUCUCACCUUCUGUGCGCCAGGGGGCUCAGCAUCUGCUGCGGAUCUCAGGCCUUGGUGGCAUGAAGCCCAACACGUUGGUCCUGGGUUUCUACGAUGAUGCUGUACCCCAGGAUCACUUCCUGACAGACCCAGCUUUCUCUGAGCCUGCCGACGGCACCCAGGAGAGCGGGUCCCCAGCCCUGAGUACCCUGUUCCCUCCACCCCGGGCUCCUGGGAGCCCCCGGGCGCUAAGUCCCCAGGACUACGUGGCCACAGUAGCAGAUGCACUCAAGAUGAACAAGAAUGUGGUUCUGGCACGGGCCUGUGGGGCCCUGCCCCCUGAGCGGCUAAGCCGGGGGUCUGGAGGCACCUCUCAGCUGCAUCAUGUGGAUGUCUGGCCCCUCAACCUGCUUCGGCCCCGGGGUGGCCCUGGCUACGUGGACGUCUGUGGCCUCUUCCUGCUGCAGAUGGCAACCAUCUUGGGCAUGGUGCCUGCUUGGCACAGUGCCCGGCUCCGGAUCUUCUUGUGUCUUGGGCCUCAAGAGGCUCCUGGGGCUGCUGAGGGUCGUCUCCGGGCACUCCUGAGCCAGCUGAGAAUCCGGGCUGAGGUGCAGGAGGUGGUGUGGGGUGAUGGGGCUGGGGCUGGAGAACCUGAGGAGGAGGAGGAAGGGGACUUUGUGAACAGUAGGCGGGGAGACUCUGAGGCAGAGGCCCUGGCUUGCAGUGCCAACGCCCUGGUUCGGGCCCAGCAGGGGCGUGGCAGAGGUGGAGGGCCUGGUGGGCCUGAGGAUGAGGAUGGCGAGGAGGGGCCCACCACGGCCCUCACCUUCCUGUACUUGCCACGGCCACCUGCUGAUCCUGCCCGAUACCCCAAAUACCUGGCGCUGCUAGAGAUUCUGAGCCGAGAUCUGGGCCCUACGCUGCUCAUUCAUGGUGUCACCCCUGUCACUUGCACUGAUCUCUGAUGCCCAGUUCCUAAAGUAGAGUGUACAGAUAUGGUGGCCCACCUUGAUUAGCAGAUGAGGAGGGGAAGGGCUGCCUCCUGCCAGGCCUGCACAUGGGACACAGAGCCAGGUGGAAGUAUUAGGGGAUCUUGAGCUAGGGCAUCUCUAGACCUCUAGGAGAGGGGCCCUAGCCCACUAAUUAAUGCAGGACAGCUGCCCCCCGCCAGGGGAGGGAGUCAGCUCUGCCCCCUCCUUCCACUCACCGGUGCCUUGAUGGGGGCUAGGUCUCUGCUGGUGACCCUAGGCUACCUCAGUCUCCCCUCACCUGACAGACUCACUGACCCCUGAGGUUUGAUGUUUUGUUCUGUUUUAUUUUUCUAACUGCUGAAAAGUGAAUAAAAGACCCAAACCUUA